CGCAGCCGCCGUACAUGGUGUGAACUGACGGAUCAGGUAAGCGCUGUUAAUUCAGCCUGUCUGCGACGCAACAACAGGUGAAUGAAUGACCGCGACGGAGGCUGUACUCAUUUAUCGCCACAACAUCAAGGAAAUAAAGAUGUGAUGUGGAAUAUUUUAGUCGGAAUUGUCUGGCUGUAAAGUUGGGACGCGUCGCAGACACUUGUCCGAGUUACUGCAGGAGAUUGUGAAUUAAGGUACUGAGGUCAGACAUGUUGUCAGGGGAGGAAAUCAUAUGCAGCACCCAGCAGGUCAUCGCAGGGCUGGAAGCUUUGCGUGGAGAGAACCGCACGCUGCUGGACAGCCUGCAGGACACGCUUCAGAGCCAGAAGUCCAGCGAGAGCGGCAGCCUGGAGCAGGAGAAGACCGGCAUCAUUUUAGAGUCUCUGGAGAGGAUUGAGCUGGGCUUAGGAGAGGCACAAGUAAUGAUGGCGCUGUCAGCACACCUGGGCUCCUUGGAGGCAGAGAAGCAGAAGUUGCGUGCUCAGGUGCGGAGGUUGUGCCAGGAGAACCAGUGGCUGAGGGAUGAGCUGGCCCGGGCUCAGCUGCAGCUACAGGAGCGGGAACAGGAAGUGGUUACUUUAGAGGAGCAGAACAGACACCUGCAGUUCAUGAGCAGCAUCCGCAAGUACGACCACGAAGAGCCGCCACUGGAGGAUAAAGAUGCUUCUUCAGGGAAGGAAUCCCUUGAUGAUCUCUUUCCUACUGAAGAAGAGGAGCAAUCACACAUGUCUCGGCCACACAGUAGUGCCGCCGCCGCUGCCCAGCAGGGAGGAUAUGAGAUCCCUGCCCGACUGCGAACGCUCCACAACCUGGUGAUCCAGUACGCCUCUCAGGGCCGCUACGAGGUGGCCGUGCCACUCUGCAAGCAAGCUCUGGAGGACCUGGAGAAAUCCUCGGGCCACAGCCACCCAGAUGUUGCUACCAUGCUCAAUAUCCUGGCUUUAGUGUACAGGGAUCAGAACAAAUACAAGGAAGCGGCCAAUCUCCUGAAUGAUGCAUUGGCCAUCCGCGAGAAGACGCUAGGCAUGGACCAUCCUGCAGUGGCAGCUACUCUGAAUAAUCUGGCCGUGUUGUAUGGAAAAAGGGGGAAGUACAAAGAGGCGGAGCCACUAUGUAAAAGGGCUCUGGAAAUCAGAGAAAAGGUGCUUGGGAUGGAUCACCCCGAUGUAGCCAAGCAGCUGAAUAACUUAGCCCUCCUAUGCCAGAAUCAGGGCAAAUACCAGGAGGUGGAGCAAUACUAUGAACGUGCCCUGCACAUUUACCAGAGCCAGCUGGGUCCUGACGAUGCCAAUGUGGCCAAAACGAAGAACAACCUGGCCUCCUGCUACCUCAAGCAGGGUAAAUACAGGCAAGCUGAGGCUCUUUAUAAAGAGAUUCUGACUCGUGCUCAUGAGAAGGAGUUCGGCUCAGUGGAGGGGGACGGACGACCUGUUUGGAUACAUACAGAGGAGGGAUGCUCUAGACAGGAUGGUCUAGGAAGUCUAAAGCGCAGCGGAUCAUUUACCAAGCUCCGGGAAUCCAUAAGACGAAGCAGCGAAAAACUUGUUCGGAAGCUGAAAGGAGUCGGAACACAAGAAACGACCCCUCGAGCUGCUGGGAUGAAGAGAGCCAAUUCUCUCAAUGUGCUUAAUGUGGGUCUUAAAGAGAAUCAAGAGGCUGCUAUGAAGCCCAAGAGGCUGACAGACACACGGGGUCUGAGUUCCAGCACGCAGAGUUUAGCCCGCCGCUCGUCUCUGGGUGGAGACAGCUAACCUUCAGCCACACACCAGGACACCCUGAAGAGAUGUCAACAUCUGAAUGGUCUGUAAUAACUGCAGAGAUCGUAUUUGAUAAUAAUAUGUGAAAUAGUAUGUGACAAUGAAUGCAGUCUGUCAAAGUGCUCCUGGGAAAAGGAAGCACACUUUGGCUUUACAAAAAGAAGCAGCUUUUUUUUACUUUGUUGAAAUCAGUUUGAUCUCUGUCGUUGUUUUUUAAAGUCAGUUGCAUUAUAAAAAGUCACAGUGAAUUUUAACUUAUUGCAUUCCAAAGCUAAGACCAGAUUGAGGUUUUCCUAGUAAUACUAUCCAAUAUUAAUACAUACUCAUUCCUAUGAUUACUAUAAUUUUACCACAACCUUCAGCAGGAUGCAGUUUUU